AUGUCGUAUGCUCGUCCGCAGCCCCUGAAUGGGAUGGAGGCCGACGAAAUAGUGAACAUCUAUCCAUCCAUUAACCCACCGACACUCACAGCACAUCAGUCUAACCGAGUGUGCAACGCCUUGGCACUCCUGCAGUGUGUUGCCUCACACCCAGAGACACGGUCGGCUUUCCUCGCAGCCCACAUUCCCCUUUUCCUUUAUCCCUUUUUGCACACUGUGAGCAAAACGCGCCCAUUCGAGUACCUGCGCCUCACCAGCCUUGGAGUCAUAGGUGCCUUGGUCAAAACAGAUGAACAAGAAGUGAUUAACUUUCUUCUCACAACUGAAAUCAUCCCGCUUUGUCUCCGCAUUAUGGAAUCAGGAAGUGAGCUCUCUAAGACGGUUGCUACCUUCAUACUGCAGAAGAUACUGCUUGAUGACACAGGGCUGGCUUACAUAUGCCAGACUUAUGAGCGUUUCUCCCAUGUGGCAAUGAUCCUUAUUUGA